CUUCUCUUCAGCCCGACCCCCAACCCUCCGCUCGCCAACAGACAAAGAAGACAAAGUCCUUUCGACACCAAGUCUUACAAUUCAAGAUGGCUCACCCCGGUUCUCAGAUCUCCAAGCGGAGAAAGUUCGUCGCUGACGGUGUCUUCUACGCCGAGCUCAACGAGUUCUUCCAGCGCGAGCUCGCUGAGGAGGGCUACUCCGGCGUCGAGGUCCGCGUUACCCCCACUGUCACCGACAUCAUCAUCCGAGCCACCCACACCCAGGAGGUCCUCGGCGAGCAGGGCCGCCGCAUCCGCGAGCUCACCUCGCUCAUCCAGAAGCGAUUCAAGUUCCCCGAGAACUCCGUCUCCCUCUACGCCGCCAAGGUCCAGAACCGUGGUCUCUCCGCCGUCGCCCAGUGCGAGUCCCUCCGCUACAAGCUCCUCAACGGUCUCGCCGUCCGACGUGCCUGCUAUGGUGUCCUCCGCUUCAUCAUGGAGUCUGGCGCCAAGGGUUGCGAGGUUGUCGUCUCUGGCAAGCUCCGUGCUGCCCGUGCCAAGUCCAUGAAGUUCACCGACGGCUUCAUGAUCCACUCUGGUCAGCCCGCCAAGGACUUCAUCGACUCUGCUACCCGCCACGUCCUUCUCCGACAGGGUGUCCUGGGUAUCAAGGUCAAGAUCAUGCGCGGCUCCGACCCCGAGGGCAAGGCCGGUCCCCAGAAGACUCUCCCCGACGCCGUCACCAUCAUCGAGCCCAAGGAGGAGCAGGCUGUUCUCCAGCCCGUGAGCCAGGACUACGGUGCUAAGGCCGCCCAGGCCCAGGCCGCUCAGGACGCUCGGGUGGCCGAGGAGGAGGGUGCUGAGGAGGCCCAGCCUGCUGCUGAGCAAUAGGGAACCUAAGCCCCCGGCUGGGAAAAGCCAUCAAAACCAGAUGAGGGGAGAUGGGAGAUCCAAGGGAUGAGGGACGGAGAGGUCUACUCAGGCGUCAAUUGAUCAUUUGCAUCUGCUAAGGGCACGGACGGUUUCAUUCUUGCUUGUAAUGGUAGGCAAAGCAUAAAACAAAAAAUGAGACCCGAAGAUUACGAAG